AUGAGCUCGAGGGCCGUCUUCCUCCUCCUUGGGCUAGCAUUCGUGCACCUAACUGGAUUGUAUCUCUUCAAGAACGGUUUUCUUUUGACGCGACUGGCUUUGACAGAGAUAACCUCCCUCAACCGGACACUUCCAGCAACCCAUAGUCGCACAGUCCUGCUGAUUAUCGACGCGUUGCGUUUCGAUUUUGUUUCGCCAGAUCCACCAUCCCCGCCAUCUCCGUAUCACCAUAAUAUCCUGACCUUACCGCGCCAACUAACAGCCAAAUAUCCUCGAAACUCCUUCCUUUUCAAUGCAUAUGCUGACCCUCCAACAACGACUUUACAACGCAUCAAGGGCAUUACAACCGGGUCUUUACCGACCUUUGUUGAUUUGGGAAACAAUUUUGGAGCGUCUUCGAUAGCUGAGGACUCUAUUAUCAAGCAGUUGAGAAUUGCAGGCAAAACGUGUGCUUUCAUGGGAGACGACACUUGGAUGUCCGUCUUUCCAGACUCUUUUCACCCCAAUCUCACUUUUCCUUAUGAUUCGUUCAACGUGGAAGACCUGCACACUGUCGAUAACGGUGUCGUCACUCACUUAUUUCCUCUCUUGGAGGACCCGAACAAGCCAUUUGACUUUAUCGUUGGACAUUUCCUCGGUGUGGAUCAUGUCGGGCACCGAGUCAGUCCAGACCACCCUAGCAUGAAAGCAAAGCUCGAUCAAAUGAAUGAUGUCCUCACCCGGGUCGUAGAAUUGCUCGACGACGACACGUUAUUGGUGGUUCUCGGUGAUCACGGUAUGGACUCCUCUGGAGACCAUGGUGGAGAUGACAUACUCGAGACAUCAUCUGCGCUAUGGAUUUAUAGCAAGGGUUUCCCGUUGCGCCCCGAUUCAUCCCCAGUUACGUCUGGUCUUAUUGAGUACACCACCUUUCCGGGCACUUCAGUACCACACAGACGUAUUCAACAAAUCGAUCUUUUACCCACCCUAUCCCUACUUCUUGGUUUGCCAAUUCCCUUCAAUAACCUUGGUUCAGUUAUUCCAGAGCUGUUCGGUCCAACUUUCUCUCGUGCUCUUUACCUUAACUCUGCCCAAAUCCACACUUAUCUGCAGACGUAUCGCGAGAGCCCUUCUGGCGGAGAACUGGACGAUGGUUGGCAACGUCUACUCUCCGCUUGGAAUGUAAUCUCACUGACAUCUAACGCUGAUGAGAAGCUUAUUGCUCAUUCGAAUUACAACCGAGUUGCUCUCUCCGAAUGCAGGUCGAUGUGGGCACAAUUCAACCCAUUACUGAUGGGUUUGGGUCUGGCUUUGAUGAGUAUUGGGGUCUUGGCUGCCUGGGGAGUGUACAGCAGGUUAUCACGCGCCGAUCAUCGAUGGGAAGACUGGAUUAAUCACAAACUCGUAAUGAGCCUCCGUGGUGCUGUCGCUGGUACCACGGUUGCGUUAAUUAUCUCUUUUACCCUCCAAAAAUACCUCCAGCCUUUGGGUAUUGGCACUUUGGACCUUGUUUUGUUCUGUGCGCCAUUCGGAUCUUGCGUGGUAUCAAUAGGAAUCUCAACACCACAACUCCCCGACACUCUUUAUUCGAUUCCUCUCGUUCUCAUUUUUCACGCCAUAUCCUUCCUAUCAAAUUCCUUCACCUUUUGGGAAGACCGUAUUGUUCUCUAUCUUCUUCUUACCACAUCAGUUUUCCCAGCAAUCCUCACCGGCGUGCGAGCUCCGACCUCGCGUCUCCGCCGACGAAUUCUCAUCCAUUCGGCUGUGUUCGCAGUUUGUGUUCGGACAAUGGGAUACUAUACUGUAUGCAGAGAAGAGCAACAGCCCUAUUGCCAUGUAACAUUUUAUUCGUCAUCGAGCGCACCAAUCCAUAUACUUGUUGCGGUGCUACCUGUCGGAUUCGGAGUGAUGUACGCUGUCGAUAAAGUGUUUUUGGGCACCUCAAAAUCAAAUGGAGGGUUAGCAACGUUAUGGAACAAUGGUAUCCUGGGGCCAGCUUUACUCGCAGGCAGCGUGGGUUGGAUGUUGGAGUGGGCGGAAACCACUACUGCUUGGGGAGAUAGUAAAUCUGCGGCUACAAUCUUACGGUUGACGAGAACCUGGUUAGCUCGGAUAGCACUCGGAUUUGUCGUCUUGCCAGGGAUAUGGUUCUGGUUCAGAGAACCGUUGUGCAUCCAGGUACAAAAGGGUGACGAGAGCGGCAAAAAGCAAGUUAGGAUCCUUGGGUUCGGCAACGCCUUCGGGGCACCGUACUUGCUCUUUUACUCCAUCUUCUUGAUAUGGGUAUGGUUCUCAUCGCAGUUGGCUGCUCAGGUCGUACUCGGAUUAGCAACAGUCGCGUUUAUGUGUUAUUUGGAAAUUGCAGAUGGAGUGAAAGAUGUAAAGGAAUUGGAAGCUGCCUUUGAAAGUGGACGUCUGUCCGAGUUGAUUGAGGGAAACGGUGAUAAAGACACGGACACGAAUGAUAUAUCGCGACGUACGAGCACGGAGGUCUUCCACCCACGCAUAAAAUUCGCAGAUGUGAUGACCGUCUCACUGCUGGGACUGCAUACGUUCUACGCUACUGGCCACCAAGCAACAAUAUCGAGUAUUCAAUGGAAAUCUGCGUUCAUUUUAACACCUAACGUCGCCUAUCCUUUCUCACCUCUCACGGUGCUGCUCAAUUCUUUCGGAGGGUUGAUUUUGGUUGGGGUCGGAGCGCCCUUGCUCGGUUUAUGGAAUAGAGAACCCAAGGCAGUUCGUGUAGGCAGUCCGAGAGAGAGAGAACAAGGUGAUGGUCAGAAGUCUGUCUCGUUAUCUAACCCAAUCAACCACGAAUCGGCCCUGGCUGCACUCGGGGUGAUGAUAUACUUCUCCGUUCUUCUACUCGGGACAGCCAUAAGUGCUGCAAUCCUCCGAAGGCAUUUGAUGGUGUGGAAAGUAUUUGCACCGAGAUUCAUAGCUGCGGCCCUUGGUCUGCUUGUUGUGGACUGUGCUGCGAUUAUCGGAGUCUGGUUGGGUGUAGGUAGGGUGACGAGAAGAGUUGAUGAGGUGUUUAAGGCUUUAGUCGGCUGA